CAUUUAUGCCGUUGCUUGUACAAAACAAGAGAGGCAGUUUUUACAGUCCAGAUGGGGGUCUGAACUUCAGGGUGCCUCUCUUUGAAAGAUGAUUUUUUUAACGCGGUACUCGCACCAAGCAUGCGAUAUAUAAGCGAAGUGAAACAAUUCUGAAAGAAGAUAUCCGUGUUCGUAAAAGAUAAAUAUGGAUUGCGAGGAAUCCACAGAAGUACAAAAUUUACCGAUAACAAUAGAACAAAAAAUGUUAAAUUAGAGUACACUGAAAAACGAAAGCAUGUUGGAAGAUGAUAAUCACGUGCAGCCGGAAGAUGCAUUUAUGCAGGCAGAAGAUUCCUGCAACGUAGCAAAUAUUGAAACACUUGGAAUCUGAUGUAACUCCAAUCACAAAUAAAGCUGCCUCUCCUUCACAAUCACAUAUGAUAGAUGAUACCACAAAAGAAGUUCCUGUAAUGUUAGCGGUGCAAAGUGAGAAAGAAGUAAAUAACACAGAACCAACUAAUUCAGAAGAUAUCGAACCCAUGAGUCCUCCCUGUAUCGAUUACAAUUGGUCUGCAGCACCAAGACUACUGUGCACGGCUACUAAGGAGUACGAAUCUACAAGCUUAUACGAGAAUUUCACGAAAGGCUGCCAAUAGUCCCCAGAUGGAACGUGCUUGCUUGUGCCAUCAGAAGAUUUCAGAAUACGUACUUACGAGCUUCCCAGAGAGUUGUAUUCUGGCAAGAUUCCACCCGACUUUAUGGAGUCAAAUUUUACACCUGCUUUAACUGUCAAGGAGGGUGGCCUUGUAUACGACACUUGCUGGUAUCCGUUCAUGAAUUCGUGGCAGCCUGCAUCGUGUUGCUUCCUCAGCACCAGUAAAGAGAGCCCUGCUUACUUGUGGGAUGCAUUUACGGGAGAGCUACGGGCAACGUAUCGACCUUACAAUCAAAUGGAUGAAAUAGAGGCAACUAUUAGCGUUCAAUUCGUAGAUUCGUGAAGAGAGAUAUGAUGUGGCUUCAAAAAUGCUGUGAGAAUCUUCGACACGAGCUAUUCCGGACGUCAGACGAGCACCAUUGAAUUUAGACACGAUUUUCCAAAUAUGAUCGGCUUAGUCUCGUGUAUUCCUGAAAAUCCAAUCAUGCCAGGCCUGGUUGCCAUGGGCACGUAUUCCAAGUGUAUCGGUUUGUACAAGGACGUACCAUCGUGCACUUUCAAGACCGUGAGCGGCGUCACGCAAGUCGAAUUUAGCUCCUGCGGGACCAAACUGUUUUCCGCGUGUCGAAAGAGCCGCGAAUUGCUGUGCUGAGACCUCCGUAAUCCUGGUGACGUUCUUCAUUCGUUCGAGGGGAAACAAUCGGAUACCAAUCAAAGGAUACAGUUUGACGUUACGUGCAAUGGCAAACAGAUAAUCUCUGGUGGUACUGAUGGAAAUAUUACUGUAUGGGAACUGCCAGACGUCACGGAAUACGGUGAAAAUUUGAACCCAAAGUACAAAAUAAAAUUAUCUGGAUGUAUAAAUGGAACGAGCUUGCACAAAACUUUACCGAUAGUAGCAACCAGUUCCGGACAACGUGGUAUCGAGACUGAGCACAGAGACAACAGCGUAAAAUUAUGGAGGGCCCUUUGACAAGACAUCACGCGACUGUAAACAGACCUGUAAAUACUUGAUUUUGUGGCUCCGUUAUCAUUGACAGUACUCGUGUUGACUUUAUCCAAGAAUUUGUGGAUAAAAAGGACAGGACAAUUUUGCCAACGCUGACAAUAAGCGACAGAACAGUCUGUAUGUAUCAUAUGUAUUUAUACAGAGUUAUUGUCACUAGUAUUCAUACGUCUGUAAAUAUAUAUUAGGAUAUUAGUAAUUUAUAUUUUUAUAUUACAUAGUUUUAUUUCUUUUUACAACGGAAAAAUGGUAUAAUUAUUAAUAAUAAAUAACUUCUUUCCAUUAAAAAAUUAUAUUAUUAUUUCUAAAUCGAUUAAUUGCUAAAAUGUUAAAUUAAUAGGAAAAAUAUCGUUCGCAUAUAUAAAAUUGGAAAACACUUAUGAAAGUUUUAUACCGAGAAUUUUCAAUUACGUUAAAAAAGUGCGUCGAUAUGUUACUAUGUCCUGAUUUCUCCAUGUGUUCUCCCGUACAUGCGUAUCACUAUACAAAGGCUCAAUAUAACGUACGGUCUCUUAUAAAUACACCAUGUAACAAAUAUCUAUGUAAACAAUAAAGGUGUUAGUUAUUUUUCAUA